CACCCCUGACGUGGGGCUGUCCCCGCCGCGCCCCCGCGCCCGGGCCGCCCGCGGGCUGCUGCGGCGUCAGACGGGAUCCCGCAGGCGGGCAGGCGAGCAUCCGUCAGUCCGUCUGUCAGUCAGUCCGUCCGUCCUUCCGAGCGGCCGGCCGGCCGUGCGUCCCCACCGCGCCCCAGGGCGAAGCUGGCGUGAGCCCUAUGGGAGCAGCCUUCUGUCCGGUGCACGGGCUCUGGUGGUGUUGGGCAUGAUGCUGUGGGUCCUGGUGGGUGCCCUCCUUCCUGUGGUGCUGUUGGCUGCCCCCCCUCCCAUCAACAAGCUGGCACUGUUCCCAGACAAGAGUGCCUGGUGUGAGGCCAAGAACAUCACCCAAAUUGUGGGGCACAGUGGCUGUAAAUCGAAAUCCAUCCAGAACAGGGCCUGUCUAGGACAGUGCUUCAGCUACAGUGUCCCCAACACCUUUCCCCAGUCUACAGAGUCUCUGGUACACUGUGACUCCUGCAUGCCUUCUCAGUCCAUGUGGGAAAUUGUGACGCUGGACUGUCCCAGUCAUGAUGAGAUGCCCCGAGUGGACAAGCUGGUAGAGAAGAUUGUCCACUGUAGCUGCCAGGCCUGCGGCAAAGAGGCGAGCCACGAGGAAAUGAGCUUUUUCACGCACGGCAGAGAGGAGCACCCUGCCUCCCACCCUGGCCGCCAUUCCCUCGAGGUCGAGGAACCUCCUGGUCCCACCCACCCUGUGGAGGAGGGGGCUGAGGAGUGAUUUCUUCUUUCUUUUUCCUUCCCCUCCCCCCAACCCCCCUCCCUUGGAACUCUGCUUCCCACCUUCCUGUGGGGAAGAGGAGAGGCUGGGCCCCCACCCCCCUCCCCAUGGUCAGUGGAUGGACUUGGACUACUGCCCGGUUGUCAUGGCAAUUAUUGAGAGUAGGGGGAAGCAGGAAUCCAUGCUGCACAUGUUCAUCUAUUCUGUAUGAGAAACCUGGGGUGGGCGUGGGGGAUGGGAAUGUUGGGGCUAAGUGGGGUCCUCAGGGUUCAGCUCUUUCUUUGAGGGUUACAUUGACUCAGCCCUUUAGUUACCUAGAGCCAGGGCCAGAGAGGUAGGAAGUGAGGGUCCCCGGCUAGGAGCGGGACUGGUGGCAUUGUACCCCCUGGUACCAGGGCCUCUGAGGGACCUAAGACAGGUGUAUUACCAAGGAAUAGAUGGAUUUAAAAAAAUGUGGGCAGCUGGCAGUAGGGAGAUUAACUUGCAGUGCUGUGUAGAUGUGUGGCAUGGUGGGUGGGGUGGGGCGAUGGGGUACAGCAAUGUGGCAUUGACUCUAGAGCUGGGGAAGGUGGAAGCGGAGAGUUUUUCUCCUCUCAUUGGAGAAUGUUCCUCUUCUCCCCCAGGGGUCCUUUCCCAUGAUACCAUAAUUUGCUGGGGGAACAUCUGAGCACGUGGGAGGCACCAUCGCCGGGUCUUCCUUUUGGCUUUGUUCUAGAUACACCAUGAAAUGGGGGAGAGAUACUUUCUCUGCCAUCUGAAUGGUGAAGAUGAGGAGGAGGCUUUGGGGGAACCUUUCAGAAACACUUCUCUGUCUUCUCCGGAGACACCCCAGCACCAUCUGUGCCCCAGCCUCUUUGGUCCCAACCCUUUCCAGGCCGUACAUUGGAGCCUGGCCUAGCCUAGGGACGGGAGGGAUGUUUUUCCCAAGGUUAAAUGGGGGCUUUCUCACCUGUCAUCUCCUUUUGUGAGAUUGACCAGAGCUGCCCCUCGAGAAAUGGGGACCCCAUCCUCGAAACCUUCCAGGAAGAAAGGCCUAGAUCCUACCCCAUUUGGAGGAGGAAGGUAGAUGGAUAACUAUUCCAACCUUCAUGUAAGUGAUCUAGAAAUCUUUGAGGGUUAUCCUGGGUUGAGUCAGAAGUGUUUGAACAGACACACUUUUGGGGCCCAUUGGGGGAGGCACAGUCCCCCCUCUCCCAAUUCUACUCCUGCUUCUUAACCAGCUGCACUUUAAUCCUGAGGGAGGGGAUGGAAGGAAUGGAAAACUCAAGAAGGGUUGAAGCUAUUUUCUAAGAAAGGGGGUGGGAGUAGACACGAUCUGCACCCUGGAAAUGCCCCUAGUUCCCCCAAGAUCUUCCCAGGACUGCCUUUUUCCAGGGAAAUGUUUGCCUCAUCCAUAAAAGCACCCCCUUCCAUCCCCCUCCCCAACCCUCAUGACUCAUGGCUGGAACUUGUAACCAGUAGCCUGUCUUCCUUCCUUCAAGGUUUUCCUAAAUAAAUAAGUUCAAUGUCC